CUUGCGAGUACUGAGGCCAUUUUCUCUCGGCAGAGGAGUCUACUGAGACUUGAGAGUGUUGAAUUGAAGAUGGAGGAACUGCAGAAGGCGCUAAAUGACGGAAGAAGCUUAACAGUUUCAACUCUCCCGGAUAAAGGACGCUGUCUCUUCACCUCCAGACACUUUUCUCCGGGGGAGGUGAUAAUAAGCCAAGAGCCUUAUGUCGCAGUACCAAAUAAGAACUCAAAUGAUUCAAGUUCCAGGUGUGAAUGGUGCCUCAGCACUAGGAAUCUCAAGAAGUGUUCUGCUUGCCAAGUUGUUUGGUAUUGUGGGAGCACAUGCCAGAAGACGGAUUGGAAACUUCAUCGUCUUGAAUGCCAAGUGUUGUCUAAAGUUGAAAAAGGGAGGAUUAAGUCUCUCACACCUUCCAUACGAUUAAUGGUGAAGCUCUAUUUGCGAAGAAAGCUGCAAGUUGAGCAGCUUGCUUGCAAUGCACACACUAUUUGUGAUGCUGAACUCAGACCCUUGGCAACUGGAUUGUAUCCUGUUAUUUCUCUUAUUAAUCACAGCUGUUUGCCAAAUUCUGUUUUAGUAUUCGAAGGGAGGUUGGCUGUGGUCCGUGCUGUUGAGCACAUACCCAAAGGUACUGAGGUACUGAUAAGCUACAUAGAAACUGCAGCAAGCACUAUGACUCGUCAAAAGGCCCUCAAGGAACAAUACUUUUUUACUUGCACUUGUCCCCGCUGCAUUAAAGCGGGCCAAUAUGAUGAUAUUAAAGAAAGUGCAAUCCUGGAAGGUUAUUGCUGCAAGGAUAACAGUUGCAGUGGUUUUCUGCUCCGUGACCCUGAAAAUAGGGGAUUUGUGUGCCAAGAAUGCGGACUGCUUAGAGAGAAGGAAGAAAUUAAAGACAUUGAAUGGGAAGUCAAAUAUUUGAUAGAAAAAGCUUCCAUGUGCUCCUCUGGAAAUAAAAUAGAUGCUAGUUUGACGUACAAGGCAAUUGAGAAACAACAGUUGGAGCUGUGCCAUCCAUUCUCGAUUAAUCUAAUGCGGACAAGGGAGACUCUUCUGAAGAUAUACAUGGAGCUUCAAAAUUGGAAAGAGGCUCUAGCAUAUUGCAGAUUUGUUAUCCCUAUCUAUGAGAGAGUAUAUCCGCGCUUACAUCCUUUGGUUGGUUUGCAAUAUUAUACUUGUGGAAAACUUGAAUGGUUUCUUGGAGAGACUAAUGAAGCCAUCCAGUCAUUAACCAAGGCAGUGGACGUAUUGCGAAUCACUCAUGGAACAAGCACCUCUUUUAUGAAGGAACUCCUGAUUAAGUUGGAGGAAGCACGUGCUGAGGCAUCUUACAGUCUUUCAUGCAAGGACGAUCAGUGAGAUUUUCCCAUUUCAGAUGCGCACCUAAGCAAAUGUAAGGUGGUGUAUAUUUCCAUGAAUAUGAUGUUGUUAUGAUAAUCUGAAGAUCUCUAACCUUGUGCAUCAAGUCUUUGGGAGCUCACAACCCCAUCCUAUGCAUGAGAGAGAUUUCGAGAUUCGAGAUUCAGAGAUCAGAGAUAGAUAGGUGGCUAAAGAACACCGUUGUAUCAAAAGGGAGAACUUUAUCAAUGUUCUUGUAACUGUGUUGCAUAUUGAGAUGAAUAGGAAAUCCAAACAGCUUAAGAGCCCAGGAAUAUGCUUUGCUUUAGUUCUUCAAAUUAGUAUGUAGAAAAAGAAGAGUCCUACAUAACUUUGGUCAAAACGUCAGAGGGAUGCUCUCGAAUGCAAGAGAAGUAGCAGAGCGAUAAAGUUUGCACUAAUUUUGAUUUUAUAGUAUACAUUGGUCUA